AGUAACGUCAAGAGCAAAAAUAGUUUUUCUCACUUUUUAAAAGAAACGACAAAUAUAGAAGUUUUUUAACCGAACAAUUUGAACUGGACAUUAGACGAAAAUUUGCAGUUUUCCCAACCCGCAGACGAACAGUCAUCGCUUUUGUGACGUGCUCACCUUGAAUUCAUCAGCAGGCAGCAAGAUAUUGACCCUGCACAUAGACACUCGCGGGCACACAAGUAGUGCGCCCAUAAAGUAACCCCUUUAAGACAGAUAACUGAUAUGCUUCGUCGUUCGCAAAACUUUUAUAUCGACAGAAUACAGCGGCAACUGCAAUUGCGUGAACAAAUGACCACCGCCGCCUCCACAUCGCAGCAUGCGACAUCGUCCUCCACACUGAUGGCGGGCUCUGGAUCUCUGGCCACCUCGUCGUCCGCCACCUCCACGGGCGCCGCACCCACGACCACGCCCAGCAGCUCGGCGGUGCGGGCCCUGGCCAUGGAGUACAAGUCGCUGCAGGAGGAGCCGGUCGAGGGAUUCCGCGUCAAGCUGAUCAACGACGACAAUCUGUUCGAAUGGGAGGUGGCCAUCUUCGGGCCACCGGACACCCUGUACCAGGGCGGCUACUUCAAGGCGCACAUGAAGUUCCCGCACGACUAUCCGUACUCACCGCCAUCCAUACGCUUCCUGACCAAGGUCUGGCAUCCGAACGUCUACGAGAACGGGGAUCUGUGCAUAUCCAUACUCCAUCCGCCGGUGGAUGAUCCGCAGAGCGGCGAGCUGCCCUGCGAGCGCUGGAACCCCACGCAGAACGUGCGCACCAUCCUGCUGUCGGUCAUCUCGCUGCUCAACGAGCCCAACACAUUUUCGCCGGCCAAUGUGGACGCCUCGGUCAUGUACCGCCGAUGGCGGGACUCACAGGGUAAGGACAAUGAGUACCCCAACAUCAUACGCAAACAGGCCCUGGCCGCCAAUGCCGAGGCCAAGCGCGAGGGCAUCGUGGUGCCGAUGACCCUGGAGGACUAUUGCCUGAAGCCCACGCGCAAGCCCACAACGGAAUCUGGCCUGGAUGCCAACUUCUACGAUGAUGAUUUCGAUCUGGAGACGGAGGACGAUCUGCCCACAGACGACGACUUUGAUGAGGACGAUGACGACGACGAGGACGAGGAUGAGGAUGAGGAGGACAGUGCCACGGCGUCGAUUAGCAAAAAUAAUGGCGGCAGCAGCAGCAUCAAGUGCAAGAACAACGGACUUGGCAGGGAGGCGGCCGCCGCAGGAGCGGAUGAUGCCGAGUCGGCCGACGACAGCGGCAAGGGCGAGACCACAUAAUGCAGCCAGGCCGGAGUCGCUUCAUCUCUUCCUCCCACUCCUGCCCUAGGCGGCGAGCCACCGCCUUUUCAUUUCUCCAACAUUAUUACUAUGAUUAAUGCUAAUUAUAAACGUUUCAAAACUAAA